GGCCGAGGCGAGGUUGGAACGUCCGAGGCUGUCGCGCAUGCAUAUGGUGCCGUGCGUGUUUGUUGUUGCGGCUGUUAUGCGGACGGUGCUGGCGCGGUCGCUGGUCACGGUAUAGUCUCUCCCUCCGUCCCACGUCGCGGUGCCGAGCGCAGGAUGGGCAACCAGAUGGCACGCGUCGGGAACACGGCGCACAGGAAAGCGGAGUCCGCGGCCACGGCGGGCGCCGGUAACGCGAACUCGACGGCCGCCGCCACCGCCGCCGCCGCCGCCGUCGUCUCCAGGAGCGAGCCGGACCACCACAGCUCUCACACGCAGUUCUUCCCGAUCGAGAGCCUGGCCAAGACGCUGUCGCAUCUCGCCUACCAGGAGGAGCACGUCAACGGCAUUACCGAGUCUGUGUUCGAAAAGUACUUAUUUCCCACUCAUCCCGAGCUGAGCGAGAAACUCUUCACUUACUUGCACCACAACGCCCAGGCCACGACCGCGUACAUAAGUACGACGGCCUUCAAGCAGCAGGCCGAGAAAUUUUUGUCGGUGAUGAACGACCAGGCUAUAUUGGAGAAUUACAUAAAGAUGUACUCCGACGUAAAGAACGGCGGCAACGUCACGCCGGAGACGCUGCGAGCGUUGCUGAUGUGCUGCUACCAGCUAGCGAUGGAGAACAACAGCACCAGCUUGUGCCUUCACUCGCAGCAGAUAAUAAACGCGGUUGUUGUUUCAUGUUUUCACGGCAAGACUAGCUUGUUUACGAGUUACGUGAGCAAUUGGAUCGGGCAGCAUUGUCCGCGCCUGGUGUACGGCCUACAACGAUACGUGGUGCACGUGUUAACAACUGCCUAUCGCAACGGCAAGGCGCUUCUGUCGAAGGAGCAGCCGCAGCCCCCCGUGGAGGUACUCACUCCCGUGCUGGAAAAGUCGGAUCGUGAGUUCCCGCAGGCGAACUCGCUGCCGAUUAGCUACGUCUGGCUGCUGUCGUGUACACUACCGCAGUGUUACCUCCAGACCAACGAUUCGCCGAAGGACAUAACUCACGCUUUGAUAGCCAGAAGAACAGGCACUAUUUGUCCAAGGCAUUGGACGUUACUGUACAAUAGCGGAGAGCACGGGGCCGGGGCUAAUCGCUUCCUUCACCAUGUAUUAGGUUACAGAGGUCCCACUCUGCUAAUUAUAAGAGCCGCUAGUGUAGAGAGGGACGAGGAAUGUCCGACGUAUUGCGUGUGCUCGGCCGUCGAGUGGCGAGAGAGUCAUCUCUACUGGGGCGACGAAGACUCGGUGGCCGUACAACUGAUUCCGUCCUAUAAGCUGAUGGAGAAAGGUCCGAAGAUACUGUAUCUGAACACGAGUAUCAGGGGCUACCCGCACGGCCUGCGGCUCGGUAGCGAUCCGCGCUCGCCGCUCAUCAGCAUCGACGAGUCGUUCCACUCCGUGUCUAUCGCCGGUGCGCCUUACCGCAUCGCCAGCCUAGAAGUCUGGGGUUGCGGCGAUACGAAACUGAGGGAAAAGCAAUUGGAGAUCAAGAAGUGGCAGGUGAAAGAAGCGGAGAAGCAGAGGGUCGUCAAGUUGAGCGCGAGCGAUUGGUUGGACCAUCCCGAUCGUUACUUACUAGAACUGGCUGGCAGGGCAUCUUACAACGAGUCUAACAAGUAGAGCCGCGAGAGAGUCACGCGCGUGCUCAAACAGCUGCUCAUAUUACUACCUUUACCUUGUACAUAUGUAUAUAGCGUCAAACUUAUCACAGGAAUUUCUGUACUUAUGUGAUGUACGAACAACGUACGCAUGAAAUGUGAUUAUGUGAUUUACGUGAAAUACAGGGACUUAUGCUUGGUGUACUUAAGCACAAGUGCCAGUUUGUAAUUGUCUA